AGUUUCCCGUGCAGAUCUCGUGAAUGUAACCGUCCAUCUUGAGUCGCUGUGCAGCAGAUCAUCAGAUAUGGCUGACUACAGCAGCGUGGCUCCUCCGUCCUCUAACUCCGGCCCAGGCAUGAAUGACGCUUUUAAAGACGCUCUACAGAGAGCACGGCAGAUUGCAGCGAAGAUCGGCGGUGAUGUUCCUUCAGCGCCCCAGACGAACGACUUCGGCUACGGAGGCCAGAAAAGGCCCCUGGAGGACGCUGACCAACCAGAGACGAAGAAAGUGGCUACAAACGACGCGUUUUCAGGAAUGGGAGGAAUGGGUGGUCCCCCAAGGUCAUUAUCAGAGGAAUUCAAGGUCCCAGAUGGCAUGGUUGGAUUCAGUAAGUGUAGGCCCAAAAACAAAGAAUUUGAGCAUGUCUUUUGAUAAUGAGUGCGUUAGGGUAACACCUUUUGUCCUUAUAGUUAUUGGAAGAGGAGGCGAACAAAUCUCUCGCCUGCAGCAAGAGUCUGGAUGUAAGAUACAGAUUGCGUCGGACAGUGGAGGUAUGCCUGAUAGGUCGGUGACACUGACCGGAGGACCAGAAUCCAUCCAGGCAGCAAAGAGGCUACUUACAGAGAUAGUUGAGAAGGGGCGUCCAGCUCCAGCAUUCAACCACAACGACGGCCCCGGAACGUCGGUCCAAGAGAUCAUGAUCCCUGCCACUAAAGCCGGACUCGUCAUUGGGAAGGGAGGAGAAACCAUCAAAGGCCUUCAGGAAAGAGCUGGAGUGAAGAUGGUCAUGAUCCAAGAUGGACCACAAAACACAGGCGCUGAUAAGCCACUCCGCAUUUCAGGAGAACCCUUUAAAGUUCAGCAAGCCAAAGAGAUGGUGAUGGAGCUGAUCAGAGAUCAAGGCUUCAGGGAGCAGAGGGGAGAGUACGGAUCAAGAGUUGGAGGCGGACACGGCGGCGGUGGUGGUGGUGGUGGUAAUGGCGGCGGAGGAGGAAAUGGUGGUGGUGGUGGCGACGGCGGAGGAGGAAAUGGUGGAGACAGCUUAGAUGUUCCUGUUCCUCGGUUUGCAGUGGGAAUUGUUAUUGGCAGAAAUGGAGAGAUGAUCAAGAAAAUACAGAACGACACAGGCGUCAGAAUUCAGUUUAAACCAGAUGACGGCACCCCCCCUGAGAGGAUAGCACAGAUCAUGGGCCCCCCCGACCAGGCGCAGCACGCAGCAGAAAUCAUUUCCGACCUGCUCAGGAGCGUUCAGGCUGGCGGGCCCCCAGGAGGACACGGAGGGGGCCGAGGGCGUGGCCGCGGGCAAGGGAACUGGAACAUGGGCCCCCCUGGUGGCCUGCAGGAGUUCACCUUCACUGUCCCAACCAUGAAGACCGGCCUCAUCAUCGGAAAAGGCGGUGAGACGAUAAAGGGCAUCAGCCAGCAGUCUGGAGCCAGGAUCGAGCUGCAGAGAAAUCCUCCCCCCAACGCCGACCCCAACAUCAAAAUGUUCACAGUACGGGGCUCCCCCCAACAGAUCGACUACGCCAGGCAGCUAGUCGAGGAGAAAAUCGGGGGACCUGUCACUCCGAUGGGCGGGCCACACGGCCCCCCCGGUGGAGGACAUGGAGGUCCAGGCCCACACGGCCCUCCUGGACCACCUGGACCCCCCGGGGCUCCCAUGGGUCCAUACAACGCCGGGCCAUACAACCAGGGACCCCCAGGACCUCACGGCCCACCAGCGCCUUACCAGCCUCAGGGAUGGGGCAACGGAUACCCUCACUGGCAACAAGGACAGCCGGAUCCAAGUGAGCAUCUACAGGAUAAAGCAGCAGCAGACGCCAAUGCAGCAGCGUGGGCAGCUUAUUACGCUCAGUACAGCCAGCAGCAGCCGCAGGCCCCCAUGACCCCAACGAGCGGAGCUCCAGGCACGACUCAGUCCAACGGCCAAGGUCAGCAGAGUCAACAACCUCAGGAUUACACAAAAGCCUGGGAGGAAUAUUACAAGAAACAAGGUCAAGCGGCCCCUCAGGCCACCGCGGCCGCAGCAGCUGCCUCUCAGCCUGGCGGUCAGCCCGACUACAGCGCAGCCUGGGCGGAGUACUACCGCCAGCAGGCUGCGUACUACGGCACAGCAAACCCAGGAGCAGCACCACAAGCCCCUCAGGGCCAGUAAUGUGAAGCGGACAUAGAGUAAAUGCUACAUUGUCGAAACAAAAUCCUUUGUUAAAUGUUUGGAUGCAGCCGCCUUGAUGAAGAUCUUAAAUUCCCUUGGUUUGAAAGUGUUUCACAUAGAUGGCAGAUUUCCCGGCGAACACGUCCUUCUCCUUUUUUUGUUUUUCCUUUUUUCUUGUAAAUGCUUUGUUUUUAGUGAGGUAAUUAUACAUAUGGUCAUUCCAGCCCUGUAUCUACAUUAAAUGUGGUUAGAACUCAUGUUUAUUAAGCUGUAGACAUUACCAUGUAAAUCAUCUCAGUUUUAAAAUGCUAUUACCUGUUGUGUUUUUGCAAUAAAACAAACUUAAACCUCCUGUGUUGGUAAGUUGGGGUGGUUUUAAAGCAUAAGGGUAAAGAGGAAUUUCUGUAUGUUUUACCGAGGGGGAGGGAGGUUUCAAACGCUAGCCAGGGUUUAUUGUCCAAAAUGGUUGACUCAAAGUUGUGCUGUCCUGUCUCUCUCCAACUGUCUAUAAGGCUCUUAGAUGCAUUAUGUGCGUGCAAUGAUCCCGAGUGGUUCAGACCAACAAACGUCCUUGUUGAUAGACAUUUAUUUUUACACUUGUUUCUGAUUUUGCUCUGCAGUAGAGAGAUGUUUUGUCACAAGAAAGUCGUCAGGUAUCCAUGUUUCGUAUCAUGCAUUAACUGCGUUGCUGUGGCACUCCCUUUUUUAUAUAAUUCUGUCUGGUUUGCUGACAUUGUUGAGGUAGUAUGCACUGUAUUUUGCCUUGAUAUAGACACUUCCUCCUCCACAGGCAAAUUAAAAAAAGCGGUAAGCAAGUAUUCUUCCUUAACAUGUUCCUCAGAAAACGUGGUUGCAAGAAAUGUUGCAUAUUUUUAGUGUUAUAUAUAUCUCUCUAUAUAUAUUUUUUGUGCUGUUCUUCUUCCAGGACAGUCAGGUAAAUUGCCACUGUAUCAAAAAUGCAUUGAAACGUGUGUCUUGACCUUUUCAAAAUGCGAACUAACUCACAUGUAUAAAUUUGUUUUUUUUAUAAACAAAUGUUUUUUUAAUAUAAAAACAUUGCAAAAAGUCGUUUUGCUGUCCAUUCUGUUAGUGUUUAUCCAAUAUAAGGACAUAGAUGUUGUAGGGUCGUGUGGCUAAGCAGUCUUCAUCCAUCAGUUGAGCCCUCCUAUACUGUAAGUACAAAACUGUGACUGACUUCAGACAUAAAAGCCUUUUUUGAUGCAUUCUGAACUGCAAAAAUAUGUAGUAUUUUUGUCCAAAUAUUGCCAUUUCCCCCCAUGUCACUGGGUAAGUAUGAAAUGUUCUGAGGAGAGGAAUAGUGCUUUAGAUUACCACAUGUUUCUGAGACUCAUUUCCCCUUGUGUGACUCACAUCCAGACUUUGAAUCAUUUACAGUAUGCUGAUACUUGUAGAUUGUUAGACUGUUUGUGAAGGAAGCAUUUUGUUGGAUUUCUGAACUGAGGGUUUGAAUGUCAGCGCUCUGUUACACUGUUGGUAGGAACUGUUAUUAAGGAUGUGGUUUUUGCGUUUUUGAAUACCUGACCUGCUAAGUGCCAUUGUCUAGUUGUCAUGUUUUCUUUAAUAAUGCCAUUCAUUACAACAUAUUUCUAAGAAAAGUCCUACUGCAUAACUCAAGUGUAGCAUGCUUAGGUUCCAUAACUUUUAUCUCCUAUCUCAGCAUGUGGAAUGCUAGUAGUGGAAGUGCUUUCUGACGAGCCCCGUAUUGAUUUUCUGACAUAUUUUUCUGAAUAAGCACUGUUGUGAAAGGCUGUUAAUUGUAAGCAUUGUUCACUGAUGGCAAACAGUGCGUUAUAUCUGAUCUUUGCAGCGUCGUCCCAGACCUUGCACCUUAGGUUCUGCUGCAAUAACACAGGUAAGCGAAACCUAAGGAAACAGUGUUUUUGUCAAGAGACAUUACCAAUUUACAUGCAAACAAAUGCUUACCUGUGAAUUUAACAUGCAUUUUAUGCCUAGUCGUAAAAAGAAAUGUCCAGGAUAUAAUAUCUGAAGUAUGAACAGCCUUUUUUUUAAAAGAUGAUCUGCUUUCAUGAAUGAACUGCAUGAUGUGCGCUGUAUGAUUUGUUGACUUUUCAAAAAGUGACGUUAUCCAGAAAAAGUUGUUGCAUAGGCUCACUGAGGAAAUGUUGUCUUUUUCGUCUGUCCUUAACAUUCGAUGAUAGCCUUAUCUUUGCAUCCCGGUAAGUCUCACAGCGACUGUUUCGAUGCUUUUAGACAUUGGUUUAUCCACACUGCAUGCCAUGCUGUCAGAAGUUAGCAAUGCAACCUGUAGUUUAAAAGGAAAACGGUGAAAUACAUGAUUUAUUAUUUUUCUGUCGUGGUGUGAAUCUGCUCUCAAGUGCAGUGCAAAUCUCCUAUUGAAACGCUGCUGCCUUCACUUCUCGCUCACAGUGUUGGUCAUAGAUCAGGCCCUGUCGUAGUUUGUCCCCAAAAGGAGUCAAUCCCCACUGCUGAACGUAGACCGUUCAAGAGCUCCAGUGAUAAGGUAAAACAGCAACGCAAUGACAUUUAAAUUCUGUGAUUGCAAAGUGUUGGUCAGAUAUAUGUCUUUCAGCUCGGAUUACUGUCUAUUAUAACCAUGAUUGCCAUAGUGUAUUUAGAGUUGUCUGAUGGUUUCUUUUUCGCUUGAAUGCCUUCUUUAAUACCUUUUCAUAUAUAUAGGAAUGUGCUUUAGAAAGUUGGACGAGGACAGGAAGUGAUGUACUUUAAAUCACAUGUUUUAUUGGCAGUAACAUUUGGGGGUCAUCUAUUUUUUCAAACCUUAUUCUGUAGUUUAAAGGGUCACUUACUGUCUGUCUACAUGUGAAAUGCUCAGUGUUUCAACACAGAGGUCGGGGGUGGGUGUAGAAGACAAAACAAGAAGCAUGCCUUAGAGGUAAAACAGAUUUCAUGUGAUGUGUAUAUUAUCAAAUAUUGUUUGUUUUUUGAAUCAGCUGUUCUCACUUUGAUAUGUUGCCAUGUUCAUAAUAAAGUUGUAAGAAAUGA